GGGGAAAACACCCGUGGUAAAAUCAGCGUAGCCGUGUUUAUAAUACUUGCUAUUAUUGUUUGAUCAAUGGUCGGCGCCGAUAUUCCUGAAAAUCACAGGAACGUCUCUAAGAUUUAAUUUCCACGCAUGCGUUUUCAGGACCUGUCUUCCAUUCCCACUGAUUUGUAUUGGUCCGUUUUCCUGCCCGUAGCUUUCACGUUGUCAGCGGGCUAGGGCCAUUGAAAUAUGGAGAUCACGGGCAUAAUACAGUUUGAAUCUGCUUAUUCUCUCUCCAAUUAAUCCAUGUAUGCCCGGUUUAGAUUUUGGUGUGAUUCGCCAAACAUUUUUGAUUAGUUCCAUCGAUCAAUCAGAGAAUGUCUGGAGCAGUUGGCGGAGGGGCGUCAUCUUGCAUUGGUGCUGCAGCCGCAAGUUGUAGCUCUGCUGGUAUCUCUGGCUCGGUUGGCGGAUGUGUGGGCAUAGCAGGGAGGCUACCACCUCGGGUGUUGGAACAUAUAUUCUCAUAUCUGGAUUUGUCGGACUUAAUGCGAUGCUCUUUAGUUUGCUGGCACUGGAGCAGCGUCCUAGCAGAUGAAAACAGUGAGGUGUGGCGGAGCCUUUGCGCCCGUGCCCUCAGCGAGGAGGCUCUACGCUCUGACAUUCUCUGCAACAUACCUACGUAUAAGGGCAAGUUGAAAUCCCUGCAGCACGCACUGAGCUCCCACGACUGCUCCAGGAAUGUGUACGUCAAGAAGAACGGCUUCACCCUGCACCGCAACCCCAUCGCCCAGAGCACGGACGGCGCCCGCGGCAAGAUCGGCUUCACCGAGGGCCGCCACGCCUGGGAGAUCUGGUGGGAAGGGCCCCUGGGCACGGUGGCCGUCAUAGGCCUCGCCACCAAGCGAGCCUCCAUGCAGUGCCAGGGCUACGUGGCGCUCCUGGGCAGUGACGACCAGAGCUGGGGCUGGAACUUGGUGGACAACAACCUGCUCCACAACGGGGAGGUCAACGGCAACUUCCCCCAGUGCAACAACGCACCCAAGUAUCAGAUUGGAGAAAGAAUACGGGUGAUCUUGGACAUGGAAGACAGGACUUUGUCGUUCGAGAGAGGCUUUGAGUUCCUGGGCGUAGCCUUCAGGGGGCUCCCUAAAACCUGCUUGUUCCCAGCCGUGUCUGCUGUGUACGGCAACACCGAAGUGACUAUGGUGUACCUGGGGAAGCCUCUGGAUGGGUAACCAUGAUGGCUGCCAAACAGGAAGAGGAUCCUAUAGGAUGUGGCCAAUGAGGUGUGCCAAUGGCAGAAUGGGUGGAGCUUUGUUGGCGGACUCUAGAACAUUCCACAAGAGGGGAGAGAGAGAUUGGAGCUCUCCUGGACAUUCAGGUGGGGGAGUGGAGUGGAGAGGAGUGGUGUGGCGUGGAAGAGGUUAAAUGCUGGCUUUUCUGAACAACCUACAAAAAAAGAAACGUUUUGUCUGUGGACUUACCAAAAUUUAGCUGCUCAGACUUUUUGUCUUAUUUGCCUGGUAUGGGAUGGAUUCGUGUACUUUUUUCCCUAGAAAUGUACGUAACUUCUGAUGUAACACCAUGGAUGGGAAAUGGUUGGGUGUUGGUUUUACUGUAUGUUGGUCAAGACAAAAAAAAGCCAAAUCUGAUUGGUUUACAUGGCAACUUUAUUCACAAUGCAAUGCACUGCAACUUAGUCAAAGAGGUGUCACAGUCGGUGGUGGCUACAGAGAAUGUGAAACAAACAAGGUGGUUUAUUAUCAUAGCACAAACUGAAAAUGUUGGGUAACAUUAUGCCAAAAUUACAUUUUGUCAACCUGUUCACAGAUCACAAAACACAAACGAUACAUGUGUCAAUUUGGGGUGCGUUUCUCGAAAGUGUAGUUGUUAGGUAGUUAGCAACUUGGGUAGUUGCCAAUGGGAAAUCACACUGUAAACAACAAAGUAGCUAGCAUAGUUAGCGACUAUGGUUUCGAGAAAUGCACCCCUGGAUUGGUGGUACAACCACAGCAGCGAGAGAGGGCAGCCAAUGCAUGCAGUUAUAACCUCUUAAAAAACUGUUGAUUCUUGUGUAAAAGGAGGAAGCAUGGGAUGGAUGGAAGAUGGAGAUAUACCAUGAUGGGUUGUGUACUGUACUCUAUGUCACUGUGCAUCUCCGUGGCGGUCUACAAGUAUAUCAUGAUAUUUAUUUAUUAGAUUUUAUCCUUGAUAUCAAGUGAGGCCCAAUUAUCCUUGGAAUAAAGUCUAAUGGUGCCAGUCCUAAAGAAA